UCUCUCCAGCUCGAGAAGCACGUCCACGGGCGGCAGCAUUCGACUUGCCAGGCCAUGCUGCAGAACCCCCAGUGGGCCAGUCGGCAGCGAACUCCAUCGAGCGCGGCCUCUCCCGAAGCUGCCAUCAAGGGGCGCGGGAAUGCGAGGCAGUGGGCCGUGGCGCUGGACCUGUUUCGAGAAGCGCUGGGGUCACGCGUGCCGCCAAGAAUAGUCUGGUACAAUGCUGCCACCGUUGCAUGUGGUAAAGGCGGUCAAUGGCAGCACGCUCUGUCACUGCUCAGGGAAGCGGGCGAGUUAAAGAUGGAGCUGACUGUCAUCAGUUACGGCAGUGGAGUGAACGCAUGCAAAAUCGGUGGGCAGUGGCAGCGUGCAUUGUCUUUGCUCAAGGAGGCAAAGGAAAUUAGCUUGAAGCCAAAUGCUGUCGUCUAUAGCUCUGGAAUCAGUGCUUGCGCGAUCGGAGGGCUUUGGCAGCAGGCUUUGUCGUUGUUGAGGGAGUUCAGCGACAGUGAAUUGGAGCCCAGCGCCGUAGUCUACAAUGCAGGAAUGGACGCGUGCAAGAAUGAUGGGCAGUGGCAGCGAGCGUUUUGGCUACUCCGAGAAAUGGUCGAAGCGAAGCUGAAGCUUGACGCAGUUAGCUGCGGUGUCGGAAUCGGCGCGUGCGAGAGAGGCGGGGCUUGGCAGCAGGCACUCUGGUUUUUCACGGAGUCGAAAGAAGCGACUCUGGAGCUGGACAUCAUGAGCUACAGUGCCGCAAUCGGGUCGUGCGAGAAAGCUGCGCAGUGGCAGCUGGCGUUGUCGCUGCUCAGGGGAAUCAGUGAAGCAGACUUGGAGCCUGACGUUUUCAGCUUCACUGCUGGAAUCUCCGCGUGCAAGCGAGGCGAGCAGUGGCAACAGGCGCUGUCUCUGCUCGGGGAGAUGGGGGAUGCGAGGCUAGAGCCGGACGUCCUUAGCUGCAAUGCCGGAGUGAGCGCUUGCGAGAGGGCUGGGCAGUGGCAGCAAGCGUUGUUCUUGCUCAGGGCGAUGGGGGGCAUGAAGCUGGAGCUGGACAUCCUCAGCUACAACGCCGGAGUCAGCGCUUGCGAGAAGGGGGUGCAGUGGCAGCGGGCGCUGUCCUUGUUGGCGGAGGCGAGGGAGGCGGCGUUGGAGCUCGACGUGACUGCAGUGCAGGCAUCAGCGCGUGCGAGAAGGGCGGGCAGUGGAAGAUGGCGUGUUCAUUGUUUGGCGAAAUGCUGGAUAGUAGGGUCGAACCAGAUAACAUUAGCUUCAACGCUGUGA